AGUGCCACAACACCAAGAAGGACUCGUCGUCUGGAGCGGUGGCAGCAUUGCUGAGUACUCUGGCAGCCGCCAGCCGCAUAUUGAAAGAAAAGAUGCGUCGCUGCCCACUUCUCUGUCUGCAGUUUCUGCUGGCCACCCCUUUCGAUCAUCAACCCAUCGCCGUGCCGUCGAUUCCAACCUUCAAUUCAGUAGUGCAGAACAUCUUGCCGGCGAAAUCGGAGCUGAGCCGCGUUGAUGAGGUGAGUCUCCUGCUGAAGCACCUGCCUGGGGCGUGUGACAGGGCGAAGGGGCUCCAGCACGAUUCGCAGUACGCCAGCCGGUACUACCGCGCCCGCUUCCAUCGGGGGUCGCAGCUCCAGCAGAAGCAGCUACGGCAGGUCACAUCGCUGAGUUUGCCGGCGGCACAGCAGUGGGCACGUGGGUGUCUCAUCCCUGUCACCGAUCCCUUCCAGUGCUCUUGA